UGAUUUUCCCAUUCUUAUAUUAGCCGGGUAGAAUGGUGGACUACAGUAGCUACUUCGCCUACAACUCGUCAUGACAAUGGCUGUAUGAGUUGGUGCCAGAGUUGGUAUUUCAAGCGGUGUGGCAGUGGCACUUUGACAACUUUGAGAGAGAUGUCACAAACGAAGCUUUGUGAUACAUUUUAGGAAUGGCAUUUGCUAAGAAACGACAUGUUGCCCGAAUGGAAAUUCUGUCGCGAAAGCACCAGCAACAGAUGGAGGAUGAUUCUAUAUAUAACAUGAGUCAUGCAAGAGGACUACCUGGUCUCCCACCUCAGCCCCAGGCCUCUAGUGAAGAACCAUCAGAGCUUUACCAAAUUGUUCUCAGGCACAGCCAUCACCCACCCAUCCUCCAGAACACAUCUUGGACUCUGGCUGUACCUUAUAAGGAACAACGGCACCAUCGCACCCCCAGUGAGUCCAUUGGGAACAACUACAGCCCCCAGGCUCGUCACCUGAAGAUCAGAAACCUACAGAGGAGACCUGGAACCGUCAAAGACUCACUUGGGGAUGUGCCUGCACCUUCAUCUAGCCCAGCUGAGAAGAGGAAGAGACUCACCCCCAGGGGAUGGGAUUCAGCUCCUGACACCUCGAUCUCACCUGGACUUAAGUUCAGCCCCAGAGAUCCUCUGCCCCCCAUCAGCCGACCCCUGACUCCCAAACAGCAGCUGGACAUCAUGCGGCGCCAAGAGGAACAGAUGUGGCCUUUUGAGACAGAACCUACAGAAAGAGACCUGGAGAGGUACGCGUACUACAUUAGUAACGGCGUCCACAGCCCAAUGCUGGCCCACCAGCCCCCCCAGCAGAUUAAGAAGAUAAUGAAGCUCCUGCCCCCUGGCAUUCAGGACAGCAGCAGGAACAUGGAGAUACUGAAGGGGAAUCUGCUAGAUGAGGUCAACAAAGACUACGGCUUCAGUCUCAAGAAGAGCAUAGUUGACUACAUCCUGAGGGACCCGUCGGAGAGGCAGCGUCUGUUCAUCUCCAGCAUCCCCAGGCCCUUCCCCAGGAGGGUGAUCCGAGGGCCCGUCCCCUGGGCCUGCAAUUACAGCCAGGCCCACACCUGGCAGAGCCAGCACCUCUUCACUCUCAACCCCAUGAUGUUCCACCUGCAGGACCUCUGGGUGAACAGUUUCUCCUCCUUGAGGUUUGUGAGACUAGGGGACCUUUUCUCUGCCAACUUCCCCCUGCUGCCCACCGAGUUUGAAGACCUGAUUCAGAGACAGUGCCAAAUCACCAGGGACGACCUGGCUAAUAGGUGGCUGCCGCGCUGUGUGUCCCUAUUUGUCACCUACAAGAACCUUUGGCUGCCCCUGGUGCCCCAGAGUGACCACGUGGCCCCAGUCAGUGCCCAGGAGUUCUUCUCCUGCGUGGCCGCCCUCAUGUCCCUACAGCUCCGGAGCCUGAUCAUUGCUUCCCUGCAGGACCUGCUCCAGUUCUUCACCCUGCACCAGGACGGGAAUGACUUUGGUGAAGUGUUUGACGAGAUGCGCUUCGUGCAGCCGCAGGUGCUGCUGGUCAAGCUGAGGGUGGAGGAGCCUCGCAUUGUCUUCCUGCCCAGCCUUCAGGAAUGCUGGGAGCUCAUCCACCGGGGCUUCAUGGAGAUCAUCAAGAGCGCCCAGAAACUCCCACGGGUGGAGUGUAACCUUUUCCCAGAAAUCCAGGGAAAGGGCCUUUAUCUGCACUCUGUCAGACAUGAUGAGCUGCUGGUCACAGACCUGAUCAACAGAGCCAAGAACAUCUUCCAGAAGAACACUGUGGGACCAAAGAAGUACCUGAACGUGUAUAAGAAGUACAGCAACCUACUAGACAACACUGCAAAGCAGGAUAUAGUGGCGUUCCUCAAAGAAAAACAUUCCCUGCAAGGUUUUACUAAGAAAAUUGAGGGUGUGCAGCAGUUGUGGAAGGAGAUUGCCUCAAUGCACAUCACGGUGCCCCUGUCCAUGUUUUGCCUGGACGUGCUGAGCCUGAACAAGGACCUGUGUGACCGCGCUGAGAGGCUGAAGGACAGGCUCAUCGUCUUCGAGGUGGACGAGAACCGAGAGCUCAACAAGAGCAUCUGUCACCGCUAUGACGAGAUCGCUGCAACCAUCACAGGGGCCCCAGGCAACACGGAGGAGCUGGUGGCCCUGAACCAGUACCUAAAGCACACCAGCGAGGUGACCGUCCACAAGCUGAAAGAUGAGAUCAACGAGGCCGCCAACCGCCUCAGCUUCCUCUUGGACUACGCCACCCUGCCUCACGAUGAUGUGAAGUUGAACAGUAGUGUGUUCCACUGGCCAGAACAGAUCCUGGCUGUGUUUGAGAUCAGUAAGAGCCGUCUGGCCACCAGGAGAGAACAUGCCGAGGACCACCUCCUCAAGAGGACAGCAGAGUUUGACCAGAUGUUGCAGUGUGUGGGGAAGGAGGUGGAGGCCUUCAAGAAGAAGGAGCUGAUGAGCCUGGAGGAGAUGAAAAACAACGUGGAGAAGCUCAACGAGCUCACCUCCUGUCUGGACGCCGCCGUCACCGAACUGGACGACAUCAACAAAGAGGAGACUCUGCUGGAGAAGGAGCAGAGCCAGUUCCCCAUGCUGCAGACCCUGAUGGGCAACAAGCAGCCCUAUGACCAGCUGUGGACCAAUGCCCUCAACUUCCAGAACAAAUCAGAGAUCUGGAUGAACGGUCCCUUCCUCCACCUGAAUGCUGAGAAGAUCUCAGAAGAGCUGGUCACUAUGUGGAGGACCAUGUACAAGCUGACCAAGUCCUUCUCCGACCUGUCAGGGCCGCGCCGUGUGGCCGACAGCUUCAAGAUCAAGAUCGACAAAUUCAAGCAGCACCUGCCCAUCCUCACCACCAUCUGUAAUCCUGGCAUCAAGGACCGUCACUGGGAGAGAAUCAGCACCAUCGUGGGCUUCGAUGUCAAGCCAGAUGUGGACACCUCACUGUUUAACAUGGUGGAGCUGGGCCUGUCCAAGUUCUCCGACAAGCUUGAGGAGAUAGGGGCGUCUGCCAGUAAGGAGUACUCUCUGGAGAAGGCCAUGGAGAAAAUGAAGACUGAAUGGGCUGAGCUCUGCUUUGCCUUCACUGCCUACAGAGACACGGGUACGAGUAUUGUAUCUGCAGUGGACGACAUCCAAGUGCUCCUAGACGACCACGUCAUCAAGACCCAGACCAUGCGAGGGUCACCCUUCAUCAAGCCCAUAGAGGCUGACUGUAAGCAAUGGGAGGAGAAGUUGCUGAUGAUGCAGGACAUCUUGGACUCCAUGUUGAAGUGUCAAGCUACCUGGCUCUACCUGGAGCCCAUUUUCAGCUCUGAGGACAUCAUCGCCCAGAUGCCUGAGGAGGGACGCAAGUUUGCCAUCGUGGACCGAUACUGGAAAGAUAUCAUCGCUGAGGCGAUGAAGGACACGCGUGUGCUGGUGGCUACAGACCAGGCCAACAUGCUUGGCCGUCUCGAGGAGGCCAAUGUAUUUCUGGAGGAUAUCCAGAGAGGCCUCAACACCUACCUGGAGAAAAAGAGACUAUUCUUCCCCAGAUUCUUCUUCCUGUCCAACGAUGAGUUGCUGGAGAUCCUGUCAGAGACAAAGGACCCGAGGCGUGUCCAGCCCCACCUGAAGAAGUGCUUCGAGGGCAUCGCCAAGCUGGAGUUCACAGAGGACAUGGAGAUCACUGGCAUGAUCAGCUCUGAGAAGGAGUUAGUGCCGUUUAGCACCAAGCUCUACCCCGCCAAAGCUAAGGGCAUGGUGGAGAAGUGGCUACAGCAGGUGGAAAGCAUGAUGAUGACCAGCGUUAGAGAUGUCAUCCACAAAGGAGUGGACCAGUAUGUCGAGGUCCCCAGGAAAAAGUGGGUGUUGCAGUGGCCUGGUCAGGUUGUUAUUUGUGCCUCGUCCAUUUUCUGGACCAGUGAGGUCUCUGAGGCCAUCCAGACCAAUACCCUGCACGCCUAUGUGGAUAAGAGCAAUGCCCAAAUAGCUGACAUUGUGGAGCUGGUGCGUGGGAAGCUGAAUGGAGGGGCCAGAAUGACCUUAGGAGCUCUCACAGUCAUUGAUGUCCACGCUCGGGACGUGGUAGCUAAACUGGCUGAGGACCGUAUCUCCUCCCUGAAUGACUUCUCCUGGAUCAGUCAGCUGAGGUACUUCUGGGAGGACGGAGACGUGCGCCUGCGUAUGAUCACCACCACUGUCAAGUACGGCUACGAGUACCUGGGCAACUCCGGCCGUCUGGUCAUCACCCCACUUACUGACCGCUGCUAUAGGACACUGAUGGGUGCCCUGAAGCUGAACCUGGGAGGAGCCCCCGAGGGCCCUGCAGGGACAGGCAAGACUGAGACCACCAAGGAUCUGGCCAAAGCUCUGGCUAAGCAGUGUGUGGUGUUCAACUGCUCUGACGGCCUGGACUACAAGGCCAUGAGUAAGUUUUUCAAAGGACUGGCACAAUCCGGGGCUUGGGCCUGCUUCGACGAGUUCAACCGAAUCGAAGUGGAGGUGCUGUCUGUGGUGGCCCAGCAGGUGCUGAGUAUCCAGCAAGCCAUCGCCAGGGACCUGAAGACCUUCAUGUUUGAGGGGACCGAGUUGUCCCUCAAUCCCACCUGCUCCGUCUUCAUCACCAUGAACCCUGGCUAUGCAGGCAGGGCCGAGCUCCCAGACAACCUCAAGGUUCUUUUCCGUACGGUGGCUAUGAUGGUGCCUGACUAUGGUCUCAUUGGUGAGAUCUCACUUUACUCUGUGGGCUUUAUCGAGUCUCGCAGUCUUGCCGGGAAGAUUGUGGCAACCUACCGCCUGUGUUCAGAGCAGCUGUCCUCGCAGCAUCACUACGACUAUGGUAUGCGCGCCGUGAAAUCAGUCCUGACUGCCGCGGGGAACCUAAAACUGAAGUACCCGAAGGAGAACGAGAGUGUUCUGCUGCUCAGAGCACUGAUGGACGUCAACAUGGCCAAGUUUCUGGCCCAGGAUGUGCCUCUGUUUCAAGGUAUCAUAUCGGAUCUCUUCCCUGGGGUGGUCCUUCCCAAACCAGACUACGAUCUUCUCAUGCAGGCCCUGAAUGACAACAUCACCAAGCUCCAGCUCCAGCCCGUGCCCUGGUUCAUCGGCAAAAUCAUCCAGGUGUAUGAUAUGAUGCUGGUGCGUCACGGUUUCAUGAUCGUGGGAGACCCUCUGGGUGGGAAGACCUCUGCCUAUAAAGUCCUGGCUGGGGCCCUGGGUGAUCUGUUUGAAGCUGGUCUGAUGGAGGAGUUUGCGGUCGACUACCGGAUCAUCAACCCCAAGGCCAUCACCAUGGGCCAGCUGUACGGUUGCUUCGACCCGGUCAGCCACGAGUGGUCAGACGGGGUGCUGGCCGUCUCCUUCAGGGAGCAGGCCGUCUCCACCUCGGACGACCGCCAGUGGAUCCUCUUCGACGGGCCCAUCGACGCGGUGUGGAUCGAGAACAUGAACACCGUGCUGGACGACAACAAGAAGCUGUGUCUGAUGAGUGGUGAGAUCAUCCAGAUGAGCGCUAAGAUGAGUCUGAUCUUUGAGACGGCCGACCUAGAGCAGGCCUCCCCAGCUACGGUCAGCAGAUGUGGUAUGAUCUACAUGGAGCCUCACCAGUUAGGCUGGGCCCCUCUCAGAGACUCCUACAUGGAUACCUUGCCCGAGAGCCUGAGCACUGAACAUAGAGACCUGAUUGUAGACAUGUUCAACUGGCUGGUUCAGCCCUGUCUGGACUUCAUCUCCAGAGAGUGUCGUUUCCUGGUGUCGACAUCCCCCAUCCACCUGGCUUACAGCCUGAUGAGGCUCUACACCUGUCUCCUAGACGACAUUGCAUCAUCGGGGGCCGAUGGCACGGAGCCCAUGUCCAGUCAGCAGGUGACCAUGUGGCUGCAGGGCCUGUUCCUAUUCGCUGUGGUGUGGAGCGUGGGCGGGACAAUCAACGGGGACAGCCGCAAUAAGUUUGACGCCUUCUACAGGAACCUGAUCAUGGGCAUGGAUGACAACCACCCCCGGCCCAAAAGUGUCAAACUGACCAAGAACAACGUUUUCCCUGAGAGAGGCACCAUCUAUGACUACUACUUCCACAAGCAGGGCACAGGGCAGUGGAAUACAUGGAUGGAUUCCAUCACCAAGGAGGAGUCCACUAUUGCCGCUGGAGCCAAUGUGUCAGACCUGAUCAUCCCCACCAUGGAGACAGCCCGUCAGCUGUUCUUCCUGCAGACCUACCUGGCCCACGAGGUGCCCAUGCUGUUCGUGGGGCCCACCGGCACGGGCAAGUCAGUCAUCAACAACAGCUUUCUGCUCAAGCUUCCUAAGGAGCGCUACACACCCAACUGCAUCAACUUCUCGGCACGCACCUCAGCCAACCAGACCCAGGACAUCAUCAUGGGCAAGCUGGACCGCCGGAGGAAGGGCGUGUUCGGGCCACCCAUGGGAAAGAAGUGUGUUGUCUACGUGGAUGACCUCAACAUGCCUGCCAAGGAGAUCUAUGGUGCCCAGCCACCCAUCGAGCUGCUGAGGCAGUGGAUCGACCACUACCACUGGUACGACAAGAAGGACACCUCCAGGAUUGACAUUGUGGACAUUUUGUUUGUAUCCGCUAUGGGACCCCCUGGUGGGGGGAGGAAUGACAUUACAGGCCGCUUCACUCGUCAUUUGAAUAUUGUUUCUAUCGACUCCUUUGACCAUGAGACGCUGAGCAAGAUAUUCACCUCCAUUACCGACUGGCAUUUUGGCAAGGGAUUUGAUGCUGCUUUCUAUAGACUGGGGAAGAUCAUGGUGCAGGCCACCAUGGCUGUCUAUCAGGAUGCCAUGGAGUGUUUCCUGCCCACUCCCUCCAAGUCCCACUACAUCUUCAACCUCAGGGACUUUGCCAGGGUGAUCCGCGGGGUGCUGCUCAGUCCACCCACGCACCUCCAGGAGGGAGACAAGCUGAUCCGCCUGUGGAUCCAUGAGGUCUACCGUGUGUUCUAUGACCGCCUCAUCGACAACGAGGACAGAGAGACAUUCUUCAACAUUGUCAAGGAGAGAACCUCCGGCUACUUCAAGCAGACCAUGGAUAAGCUGCUGACCCACCUGACGCCUAGCGGCAAGGUUGUGGACGAGACAAUCCGCAGCCUGUUCUUUGGAGACUACGCCAAGCCCGACUCGGAUGCCAAGGCCUACGACGAGAUCACCGACCUGCACGCUCUGACCAACGUCAUGGACUACUACCUGGACGAGUUCAACAACAUCAGCAAGGCACCCAUGUCCCUCGUCAUGUUCAAGUUUGCCAUCGAGCACAUCUCGCGUAUCUGCCGUGUGCUCAAGCAGGACAACGGGCAUCUUCUCCUGGUGGGCAUCGGUGGCUCAGGACGGCAGAGCGCCACCAAGCUGGGCACCUUCAUCAACGAUUACGACCUCUUCCAGAUUGAGCUAACCAAGAACUACGGAGUGUCAGAGUGGCGCGACGACCUAAAGCGGUUGAUGCUGAAGGCGGGCCUGCAGGGCAAGAACAUGGUGUUCCUGUUCAAUGACAGCCAGAUCAAGGAUGAGGCCUUUGUGGAGGACAUCAACAUGCUGCUCAACACAGGCGACGUGCCUAACAUCUUCCCAGCCGACGAGCGGGCCGACAUCAUCGAUAAGGUACAGGGCAUCGCACGCAUGGAGGGCAAGAAGAUCGACGCCACGCCACUCUCCAUGUACAACUUCUUCAUCGAGCGUGUCAAGGCAAACCUUCACAUUGUGCUCGCAAUGAGCCCGAUUGGGGACGCCUUCCGAAACCGGUUGAGGAUGUUCCCCUCCCUCAUCAACUGUUGCACCAUCGACUGGUUCCAGGCCUGGCCUAAAGACGCUCUGGAGAUGGUGGCCAACAAGUUCCUGGAGGACGUGGAGCUGGAGGACAACAUCAGGCUACAUGUGGUGGAGAUGUGUAAAACCUUCCAGGAGAGCGUGGGAGGUUUGUCCGAGAGGUACUUCUCUCAACUCAGGAGACACAACUAUGUGACGCCCACAUCCUACCUGGAGCUCAUUCUCACAUACAAGGUCCUGCUCAACUCCAAGAGGAGUGAGGUGGACACUCAGAGAAACCGCUACAUUGUGGGUCUGGAGAAACUGUACUUUGCUGCAUCUCAGGUAUCGAUAAUGCAGGAGGAGCUGACCGCCCUGCAGCCAGAGCUGAUCCAGACAUCAGCUGAGACAGAUAAGAUGAUGGUCAACAUUGAGAAGGAGACAGUAGUGGUGGAUGCUAAGAAAGAGCUGGUGUUGGCAGAUGAGAAGGUUGCCAACGACGCGGCUGCAGCAGCCAAAGCUAUAAAGGAUGAGUGUGAGGGUGACCUGGCGGAGGCCAUGCCUGCCCUUGAGGCUGCCCUGUCAGCUCUGGACACCCUGAAACCCUCAGACAUCACAGUGGUCAAGUCCAUGUCAAACCCUCCAGGUCUGGUCAAACUGGUCAUGGAGUCCAUCUGCAUCAUGAAAGGCAUCAAGCCAGAGAGGAAGCCCGAUCCUGGUGGCUCAGGUAAGAUGAUUGAGGACUUCUGGGGCCCCUCCAAAAAGCUCCUGGGAGACAUGAAGUUCCUGGAGAACCUCAAAGCCUAUGACAAAGACAACAUCGCUGCCGCCAACAUCAAGAAGAUCCGUGACAAAUUCAUCGACAACCCCGAGUUCCAGCCCUCCAUCAUCAAGAACGUCUCCUCUGCCUGUGAGGGCCUUUGUAAGUGGGUGCGGGCCAUGGAGGUGUACGAGCGUGUGUCCAAAGUGGUGGCCCCCAAGAUAGAGAAGCUGAAGGAGGCUGAGGACGAGCUUGGGGUGCAGAUGCAGAUGCUGUCAGUGAAGAGAGCUGAGCUGAAGGAGGUGGUGGACAAGCUCCAGGACCUGAACGACACGUUUGAGGCCAUGUGCAACAAAAAGAAAGACCUGGAAGAAAACAUUGAGCUGUGCUCCCAGAAGUUGAUCAGGGCAGAGCAGCUGAUUGGAGGGCUGGGUGGGGAGAAGGACAGGUGGACGGAGGCUGCCCGGCUGCUGGGGAUCAGGUACACCAACCUGACAGGCGACGUGCUCCUCUCCUCCGGCACUGUGUCCUACCUGGGGGCCUUCACCGUGGACUACCGUGUGGAGUGCCAGCGGGAGUGGCAUCUGCUCUGCCAGGCCAAGAAGGUGCCAUGCUCCGAGGACUUCACCCUCAGCAACACCCUUGGCAACCAGGUGUCCAUCCGGGCAUGGCAGAUUGCCGGCCUGCCCGUCGACUCCUUCUCCACUGACAACGGCAUUAUCGUGUCCAACUCACGCCGCUGGCCCCUCAUGAUCGACCCGCAGGGCCAGGCCAACAAGUGGAUCAAGAACAUGGAGAAGGCCAACAAGCUGGCUGUCAUCAAGCUGUCAGACGGCAACUAUGUGAGAACACUGGAGAACUCCAUCUCGUUCGGUACCCCUGUUUUGCUGGAGAACGUUGGAGAAGAACUUGAUGCAGUACUGGAACCGGUCCUGCUGAAACAGACCUUCAGACAACAAGGUGUAGAGUACAUGAAACUAGGAGAGAACAUUGUGGAGUACUCCAAAGACUUCCUCUUCUACAUGACCACCAGCCUGAGAAGCCCUCACUACCUCCCUGAGGUGGCGGUUAAAGUCUGCCUGCUCAACUUCAUGAUCACCCCACUGGGUUUGGAGGACCAGCUUCUGGGCAUUAUGGCCGCCAAGGAGAAACCAGAACUAGAAGAGAAGAAGAACCAGCUGAUCCUGGAGAGUGCCGCCAACAACAAGCAGCUGAAGGAGAUUGAGGAUAAAAUCCUCAAAAUCCUGUCUUCCUCAGAGGGUAACAUCCUAGAAGACGAAACAGCCAUCAAGGUCCUGUCUUCCUCCAAGGUGCUGUCCGAGGAGAUCUCUGAGAAGCAGAAGAUUGCUAGUGUCACAGAGAAGGAGAUUGACGACACUCGCAUGGGCUACCGGCCUGUGGCCGAGCACUCGUCCAUCCUGUUCUUCUGCAUCUCGGAGCUGGCCAACAUAGAGCCCAUGUACCAGUACUCGCUCACCUGGUUCAUCAACCUCUACCUGCAGUCCAUCGCCCAGAGCUUGAAGAGCGACGACCUGGCCACCCGCAUCGAGAACAUUGUGGAGCAUUUCACCAUCAGCAUCUAUAACAACGUGUGCCGAUCGCUCUUCGAGAAGGACAAGCUGCUCUUCUCCUUGCUCCUCACUGUGGGCAUCAUGCAAGGCAAGGGCCAGGUGGACGACACCAUCUGGCGCUUCCUCCUCACCGGUGGCAUUACUCUGGACAACCCCGACCCCAACCCCGCUCCUGAGUGGCUCUCCGACAAGUCCUGGUCAGAAAUCGUAAGAGCAUCCAAGCUGCCAAACUUAGAAGGUCUCUUCGAGCACGUCCGAGACAACAUUCCCAAGUGGAAGAAGAUCUACGAUUCAGGGAAGCCUCACGAGGAGCAGCUGCCUGACAGCUGGAGGAUACUGGUGGGGAUGCAUCGCAUGGUGGUGCUGCGCUGCUUCAGGCCGGAUAAGCUGGUUCCGGCGGUGCAAGAGUUCAUUGUGGACAACAUGGGGCGCAGCUACAUUGAGCCCCCGACCUUCGACCUGGCCGGGAGUUACAACGACUCCAACUGCUGCUCUCCUCUCAUCUUUGUGCUCUCUCCAGGAUCUGAUCCCACUGCGGGUCUGCUAAAGUUUGCUGAUGACCUUGAAAUGGGGGGCAGUAAAACCCAGACCAUCUCCCUGGGCCAGGGCCAGGGGCCCAUCGCAGCCCUGAUGAUCAAUGCUGCCAUCAAGGAUGGCACCUGGGUGGUGCUACAGAACUGUCAUCUGUGCACCAGCUGGAUGCCCGCUCUGGAGAGGAUCUGUGAGGAGGGCAUCACCCCCGAAAACACCAACCCCACCUUUAGGUUGUGGUUGACCAGUUACCCGUCUGACAAGUUCCCAGUCAGCAUCCUGCAGAACGGGGUGAAGAUGACCAACGAGCCGCCCAAGGGGAUGAGGGCCAACCUGUUCCGCUCCUACGUCAGCGACCCCAUCUCCGACCCCGCCUUCUUCAACAGCUCCAAGAAACAGGAGGCGUGGCAGAAGCUGCUGUUUGGUCUCUGCUUUUUCCAUGCUCUGGUGCAGGAGAGGAGGACCUUCGGACCUCUAGGUUGGAAUAUCCCGUAUGAGUUCAAUGAGUCUGACCUGAGGAUCAGUAUGACGCAGAUCCAGAUGUUCCUGGAUGAGUACGAGGAGAUUCCUCUGGAGGCCCUCUCCUACCUAACUGGUGAGUGUAACUACGGUGGCAGGGUGACGGACGACAAGGACAGGCGUCUGCUGGUGUCUCUCCUGUCCAUCUUCUACAGCAGGGAGCUGAUAGAGCAGGAGGGCUACCACGUAUGUGAGGGAGACAUGUACUAUAUCCCCCCUCACGGACCGUACCAGACCUAUGUUGAUUACAUCCGCAACCUACCCAUCGCGGCGGAACCUGGCGUGUUUGGACUCCACAGCAAUGCUGACAUCACCAAGGACAACCAGGAGACCAAUCAGCUGCUGGAUGGAGUGCUGCUGACACUUCCCAGACAGACUGGAGGCGGGGCUAAAUCCCCUCAGGAAGUGGUUGAUGAGCUUGCGGAAGACAUCCUGUCCAAGCUGCCAGCAGACUUUGACAUCCAGAUGGUGAUUAACAAAUACCCAGUGAUGUAUGAGGAGUCCAUGAACACUGUGCUGAGACAGGAACUGAUCCGCUUCAACAGGUUAACUCAGGUGGUACGCAUCAGUCUGAUAAACAUUGGAAAGGCACUCAAGGGUCAGGUGGUGAUGUCUUCUGAGCUGGAGAACGUCUUCAACAGUAUGGUGGUGGGCAAGGUGCCAACCAUGUGGUCGGCCAAGUCCUACCCGUCUCUGAAGCCUCUGGGCAGCUACGUGUCCGACCUCCUCGCCAGGCUAAAGUUUCUACAGGACUGGAUCAACAAUGGGCCACCACCAGUCUUUUGGCUCUCUGGGUUCUACUUUACUCAGUCCUUCCUCACGGGAGUAUCUCAGAACUUUGCCCGAAAGUAUACCAUCCCCAUCGACUUCAUUGGCUUUGAAUUUGAGGUGACCAAGCAAGAGACCCACAUGGAGAACAAGCCAGAUGAUGGGGCCUACGUGAAGGGGUUCUUCCUGGAAGGGGCACGCUGGGACCGGGAGAAGAUGGUCAUAGGAGAGUCCCUCCCCAAGAUCCUCUUCGACCCCCUGCCCAUCAUCUGGCUCAGGCCAGGGGAGAUGUCAAAGUUCCUGCAUGAGAACAUCUAUGUGUGUCCCGUGUACAAGACCAGUGCCCGGCGCGGAACCCUGUCCACCACGGGCCACUCCACCAACUACGUAAUGCCUAUCGAGCUUCCCUCCGACCGGCCACAGAAACAUUGGAUCAACCGCGGGGUGGCCUGUCUGUGCCAGCUGGAUGACUAGGCAUAGCUCUGCAGACAUCUUACAGGAUGUUAGAUAUGAGAGACAGACAACCAACUCACUCCUUUUAAAUCGCUAUUAAAAGGCAGAUUUUCAACUCGAUUUCUUGAUAUUUUUAAAGAUUGCACAGGCUGUCAUAUAGCCUGUGUACCAGUCUCUUUAGCUAACAUUCCACUCCUUGACACUCCUUGUCAUUGCCAAAGAGACUGGCCUCUCAAUGUUCAAUAUGCAGCCAGAUUUACAGCACAGUUGCUGGUUGGUUGUUGGAAACGACAUUAAUAUUUUCCAUGACAAUGUUAUGGAUGGGGCAAAUUUGGCACAAUAUAGAAUUUGAAUUUUAAGAACGGCAACAAACAAAACUGUUACGACCUGCUGAGGUAAUUCCCUGGUGAUCAUCAUGAAAUUGCUUACUUUUUAACAAUUUGUUGUGCUUGUUGCAACCUGGUCUCAGAGCACUUUGUAUUAUUCUGUAUGUAAAUCCGAGACACUCUAUUUAGUAUAUGUUACAUUUUGUAUGGUAGGCAUUAGUUUGUGCUUGUCCAUUACACAUUUCAUAUGAUAUGUUACGAAUUACAAUUCAUAUUAUGUUAUGAAUUUGCUAAAUGUACAAUAUGUUACGAAUUUUCAAAACGUUUAAUACGUUACGAAUUCUAGCUAGGUGGCUAAUGUUAGCUAGGGGCUAGGGUUAAGUUUAGGAGUACGGUUGAAGGGUUACUUAACAUGCUAAGAAGUUGCAAGUAGUUGCUAAUUAGCUAAAAUGCUGAAGUUGUCCGUGAUGAAAUUCGAACUCGCAACCUUUGGGUUGCUAGACGUUCGCGCUAUAUACCCACCCAUCCACACUGACCAACCACCCUCCUUUCAUUUUUGUCUUAACCAUCUGUCUUAUGAAACCGUACCAAACAUAACAUACUUAAUAAAUGGAGUGUCUCGGAUUUAUAUGCAGAAUAAUAAGAAAUGCUCUGAGACCAGGUUGCCAUUUCAGUUCUAUUAUUUGUCCCUCCUCUCAUAUUAAUAAGAGAUUGAGUCAAGAUGGGAUACUUUAGGAAACUUUCUGAAUGGACAUAGUGAGAAUUAGCGAACACACACACCCUAAAAGGACCCAUCAAUCAAACCCACCAGCGCACCUCAGACACAAACAAAUCUCAUUUCUCCUUUCCUAAAAUGUUUUAUUAAAAACCUAGGCCAUCUGAAAGUAGGACUAUGCUACAUUAUAGCAUAAUGUUAAAAUAAUGUUGCCUUUCAAAUUAAUUGAAAAUGAAAGUUUGAAAGGGGAGAGAGAGACAGCUAUAGUAUAACUUGGUUGAUUAUUGGUUAUGUAAUUAUUGUCCAAGCAUGUGCUUAUUCCAAAGGAAGAUUUCCACAGAAUUCCAUCAAUAAGGGAUGAUAGCUUUCACCUGGUCAGUCAUGGAUGUCAUAAUAUUUUGUACAUCCAGUCGUUUGGGCAAUUAUUUUGAGCAAUUAAAAAGAAAAUACACUACCGUUCAAAAGUUUGGGGUCACUUAGAAAUGUCCUUGUUUUUGAAAGAAAAGCAAAAAUUAAAAUAACAUCAAAUUGAUCA